AUGCCGCCGCCGCCUCAGCAGCAGCAGCCGCAGCCGCAAACAUCAGUACAAGGAGGUGGGAGCCGUGCAUGUCGCAUCGUGCACCGCACCAGGGACAGCUGUGUGGCCGUCUUAUGCAGCACGCUCUGCUCCGUCCUCCUCGCCGUCAUCCUCGUGGCCGGUGUGGCCCUCUUCGUCGCCUGGCUCAGCCUCUGCCCGCAGGCCGCCUUCAACAUGUCGGACCGCAACCUUAACCGCCACAUCGACAUCUACUAUGACGGUGCCACGCGGGCGUCACUCCGCUUCUACGACCCACUGGUGGCCUCUGGCCCGGCCUUCCACGCCGGCUGGUAA